AUGGGAAACUCUGCUUCUUCCCAAAAUGAACACACCGGGAGAAGACUAAUACUGUUGAGUGAUGAACUUACGCAGAAUUCUGAAAAAAAAAAUGACGCCAAUGUUAAGGGUGGCAUAAAGCUGGAAGAGACAGGGAAAACCACAAGGGAACGGACCACCGCGCAAAUGGAACCAUCGGGGAGAGAACAGCAAUACAAGGAACUACGCAGCGAAAUACUCAAUGACCUGAUUAAGGAGCGCGAGAAGUAUAUGUAUUCUCAGAUCGACCCAUUUUACUCCGCACCAAACGGGAAGGAUGAUCAGUUCAGGGAAACCCAAAUGAGUAACAACAAAUGCAUUCCGGAUGAACAGAAAAUAUAUAAAUGCCUAAAAGACAUGAAUGAGUCCACGUCGGGCUUUGUUAACUCCUACACCAGGUGCUGCAGAUACUUGCAAAGAUACGAAAAUUGUGUACAUAAAAUACGCGUAUGA